AACCCGGAAGUACUCUUUGACGCCUUGGCUAACCGUCUAAUGUUACAAAUGACAGGGAAGUAUGCCCGAGUUGCGUGGUUGAGUAGUUCUGUUACGAUUAUACGUAUGUUAUAUGACAUUGCUAACUGGUGUUUUCCUCUUGGAGGACGAGCAUAAAUUGUAUUCCUUCAAAAUGUUUCCCUCACAUGAUGAUGGGCCACGAUAGGCUUGUCAAGUUAUGCAGGGGUUAUGGAAAGUCUACAAAACUCUGCGGAAGAACAACAAUACAUCUUUUACAAAGAUAAUCCAUGGCCCAACAAACAGGAAUCAACUAACAACUACAAACCAGGUCUCAGUGGAUUUGUUUUAGUGCAUGCAGGUGCAGGUUACCAUUCGGAAUCCAAGGCCAAGGAGUACAAGCAUGUAUGCAAAAGAGCUUGCCAGCAAGCUGUGGACAGGCUCAAAGCAGGGGCACUUGCAGUUGAAGCCGUGGCUGCAGCGCUGGUUGAGCUUGAGGACUCUCCUUUUACUAAUGCAGGUAUGGGCUCCAACAUAAAUUUGUCAGGGCAAAUAGAGUGUGACGCCAGUAUCAUGGAUGGAAAGUCACUGCAUUACGGAGCUGUGGGUGCUAUUAGUGGUAUUAAGAACCCCGUCUUAGUUGCGAAUCGACUGUUGAAUGAAGCGCAGAAAGGCAAGCUUUCAGCCGGCAGAAUACCCCCCUGCUUUUUAGUGGGACGAGGAGCACACGACUGGGCUGUUAGCCAUGGUGUCCCAGCCUGCCCCUCAGAGAAAAUGGCCACUAAAUUCAGUUUAUCUGCAUACAAGCGGAACAAAAGAAAGAUGGAGCUGGCUGAGAAAAUGGACCCAGGACAUAAUCAAACAAAGAAAAGACGACAAUCGAGUAGAAAUGAAAAUGGUUCCGAGUGCCUUGAUACCGUCGGGGCCAUUGUGGUUGACAUGCAAGGCAAUGUAGCGGCAGCGGUUUCCAGUGGAGGUCUGGCCAUGAAACAUCCAGGCAGGGUUGGCCAGGCUGCUCAUUAUGGAUGUGGCUGCUGGGCUGAAAAUGCAUGCAACAUGAACUCUUACUCUACAGCAGUGAGUACCUCAGGCUGUGGAGAGCAUCUGAUUCGCACCAUGCUGGCACGGGAAUGCUCUGCUGCCAUGCAGUCGGAAGACGCCCAUCAGGCAUUGCUGGAAGCUAUGCAAAACAAGUUCAUCAGCUCACCCUUUCUGGCCAGCGAAGAUCGAGUUUUGGGUGGCGUAAUCGUCUUGCGCUGCUGCAAAUGUGUGGAACCUCAGCCGUCUACAAAUGUUAAGGGUUGUCUAGUGGAGUUUCUUUGGAGCCAUACCACAGAAAGCAUGUGUGUAGGCUACAUGUCCGCCCAAGACAGCAAAGCAAAGAAAUGGACUCUGGGCUUGCCAAAAGCAUAUACAGUGCUUCCAAUGGCAGCAGGUGGCUGGGACUGAAGAUUAAUGUCUGGAAAUAUUUGCCUACAAGCAUGUGAAGGAAGAUGAAGGUAAAGUUUCUUGUUUGGAUUUCGGGCGACAUCUCCAAUGAAUGAUAGACAUCUGUGGACUGGAAAAUUAUUUAACUUUGUCAGUGUCUGGUCAGCGCACGCACAUGCAGUCGAGGCCAACUUGAACCAUUUCUACUCCCCUGUCGCAUGUUUGUUUGAUUAAGUCAUCUCGGUUCCUUCAUUGUUGUCCUCAUUGAUUCUUUUAAUUAAAAUUACAUCAGCGUUUCGGUCACAUUUUUAAGAAAGACAGUCGAUUCAGUGAGGUUGAAUGUAGUUCUUGAACAAGAGCGUUUUAAUACAGUGGCUUUGAGGACUGAUCACAUUGAUUUGUUUGGCCCAUGAAUCUCUCUCUCUGAAUGAGGAGAGGCCACGGUUUUUCAAGGUUGGCUCAGAUUUCAAAGCAUUGGUGCUAUGUCCUGCUGAGCACUGUUCCACCCCUCCUGACUACUCAUGUCUUGUGGUAUAUCUACUGUCUGUCUUGGUACACCGCAUCGAAAAAAUAGCAUGUUGUGUACUUAGUAGAAGAAAUUAGAACUUGAUUUCUCUGGUUAGUUGCAGAAUGUAAGAAUGCAAAGUUUGCUAUAGUUCACGGUGGCUAUUUACAGCAAUGACUUAAGCAAGCUCAUGUGUUGCUUCCACAGCAAACGUUGCAGAGUUACUUUAGAGACUGAUCAAGCGGCGUGUUGAAGGGGUGAGGCAACAAACCUUACAUGGUGCAUCUGUUCCUUUUACCUUCUGCAUGCCAAAGCAGCUGGCUAUCCAGUACUUGAAGCCAACAUUGUGGGUGCAAAAACAAAACUCGAGCCUUUGCUUCUCUGCUGGGCCUCAAAACGCUGCCAACACAUUCUCUACCAAAUGAAUGCCCGAGUGAAGGGCAUCUGUUUUCUCUCCGGUCUGUUUAGGUCGCAGAAAAAGGCUUCAAUUAAAAGCUUUUGUUGCAUAUAUAAGUGCGGUUGCGAUACUUUUUUAAUGUGUGACUAGAAUGCUCUUGACCAAUCUGUCCCAAAUAUGCAGCUGAAGUGAUGGUAACAUUUAUUAUUGGGUUUCAGUUGUUGUUUUGCUCAUCAGUGAGGUUGACACACGAUCACACUGUGAUGCACUCAUCCAUGUCACAUCACUUCAAUCUUGUCGAUUAUAUCAAGUCGUUUUAUUUCUUUUAUGCAAGAAGGCACAUUUUCUUUUGAGUUUUCAAAAUUGUGGAACGAAAGGUUCCAUUUAUUAUAUGACACAUCUGGUUUGUGGGUGUGUAUCGUCCAUGAGCAAUCGUGCUAAUCCCCAACCAGGGGUUAGCAAAAUGUCUUGUGCCCCGGCACGCUUUGCAUUCAAAUUAGACAAAAUGAACUUAGAAUUUUAUUAUUUGGUGUGCCAAAGUGCAGCAUAAAUGGGAUAGAGCGUGAGAUCCUUUCAAUAUUGUCACAUUAGCCUAAAAUGGUUGCAUGAUUACUCUGAAUAGAAUAGAAUGUCUUUAUUGUCAUUGUACAACAGGUAGACAACAAAAUUGGGAGCCUUAUUCAUGAGCGACAUCGACAGGCUGCGACGUAUUUCCCCACAUGGCUUAUCAUGACUGCGCAGAUGAAAGAGAAAUGUAAAAUAUGUUGCCCCCCUACCUAGGCGCGGUUGCCUCAUCCUGGACAUCAUUACCACUAUAAAGCUUUUGCUGUGCAAACUAAGGUCAGAGAUAAUCAUAUUGCAUGCAUUGCAAGUCCCUUUGAUUUUGUGUAUUUCUUCUUCUUUUUUUUUUUUUUUUAACGUGACGAGUGUCUUUCAUUCUUGAACAUUUUGUUUUUGUUAUCCAUUUAGUCUUGGUAAUAAAUAGCACAUGACUUAAAGAAUGUGAAAGCCACAACAAAACAGUGACAUAGGCCGUGUGCUAAAAGUGACUUGGCGUUCUCUCUGGAGUCAGUAUGUGGCUUGUCUUGCCUCGCAGUCAUAAGUUGUUUGUUACUCAGAUCGAUCAACUAUGUCUUUGAUGUGAUGUUUUGACCCGGCUUUUGUAUUGUCAUGUCUUGCUUCACUGGGUGUCAACUUGACAGAAAGCACACUGGUGGUUUGUAUAUCCUCGUUUUCCCGAUUAGUUUUGGAUAGCUAUCGUGUAAUUGGUCUUUUCUUCAAAGGUCAUUAUCAUGGAAUAAGCAUGCAUUCCAUUGGCAACAUUUUUAAUAUGUUUUGGCCGUCGAUGUGCGUUUUACUCCAUGGCGGGCUAUAGUAAAGUCAGUACAGCAUAGUGUGACCAAAUAGGUUUGUAAUCGACAUGUGCAUCCAUCGCAUUAGUUGUUUACACAUGCCAUGGCUACAGUAUGGUUAUUUACUGACUAUAAAUAGGCACACAUCCUCCCUGAACCACAAGCAGAAUUUUGGGAUGAGCAACAUGCUGUCAGGGUUGUGGUGUGCUUGCUCACUUGUCUGGAUCUUUUUGCCUGCCCACUCAUUAUGGUCAUUGUCAGGUUGCCACCAAAGUGAAAGUCUCAAAAGGGCAUCGACGGCUUACAUGUUGGCGUGUUGUUAAUGUUUAUCGUGCAUGGCUCCUACCCAAUAAAUCGUUUUAAAUAGGAUAUGUUUUGAUUUCUAUUCAAUUUAUUCGGAGUUGCGAAGACUUCAAAAGACUCUUCUGACAUGAAAGCACCUUAAGUUGAUUAUGACUCAGCUUUGAACCUUCACUUGAAGCAGAUUUAAAAUGGCUCUUCUCAAAACCCAUCCACAAAAGAUGAAGGGAAUAAGAUGAAUACAGAAGGUUGUAUUGGAGGCAUAAUAACCCCCCGAGAGUGUUGCCAUGUGUGUAUGUAGCCUUGUCUGGGUGAUGUUCCAGUGUAUGACAGUUGCCCGCAGGAUGUCAGGGGCCAUAGCCUAGGACUUGACUAAAAGAAUGUUAUAGAGAUGGAUGGUCCUGCAACUGGAGAUGUGAUGUCAGGCCAAUUCAGUGUCCUGUUGAUUCUCUCAUUGUUUCUGAUAUUUUAUUACACACUAACACCCCCCACCCCUAAAUAAACGGCUCGUCCGAGUGUCACUUAAUAGUCAAAACAGACAAAUGGAGAGGAAACACCAAAAACUUCAGCCAAUGUCAAAGUGUGUUUAUCAAACCAAAGUUGAUUUGAGUCUGGACCGAUGUGCAACAGCUGUCUAUAGACCGCAAGACAUCAAACACUGCAUUCUGUCACUUUGACAAUGUGAUGCUUUAAAUGUUCACUGUGGUCCUAUUUGAUCAACAAACUGACCUGCAAGUAAUUAAUUCUGCAGCCUUGCCACUUUAAAUUUUCAUAUCAUUCUCUGAUGUAAAGAUGUAUUUUUGGCAGUUUACAGUGGACCAGCUGUCACCCAGCUGCAGUUACUAUGAUGACUAGCAUUCUUCCCCACCAGUUCCUGAAUUUGACUCACUGGUGUCUCUUUUUGACUGGAUGAGCAGUACGAUGGAUGGACGGACUGACAGACGGAACCUUGGUUGCCAUCAAUUUUCGCCUUCUUUCUUUAUAGUGCCAUCACUACCAUGUUUGAUUGUGUUGCGUUUUGUGCAAGAUGUCCGUAAGUCGUAAAACCGCUCAACUGGACAUCACGUCAGGGUCACCAAUUGUUGCGUUUUGUUCAAGAUGUCCUUCGUUGAGCAAGGAAAACAAAGAUGUGGAGUAAUAGUUGGUACUUUAUUUGCAAGAUCUUGGGUUGUUUUCACGUGCUGAUGUGUGUUGUGUACCGACUGCCGUGAGCAAACCCAAGAUCUUGCAAAUAAAGAACCAACUAUUACUCCACAUCUUUGUUUUCCUUGCUCAACGACGGACAUCUUGAACAAAGCGCAACAAUUGCUAGUAGCAUUUUUGGAUUUGAUGUCAAGUAGUGUGUCCAUCUAAUGUUGUCAUCUUCU